UAUAAAUACACAACAAGAAAAUGUCCAGACAAUUUUUUUUUUCACAACUCCCCUCCCCACCCCCCCCCCCCCCUCCCUCCCUCUCUCAUACCAGUGCCCUAGAUCCAUCCUUCAAUAACCCAAUUCCGCAUCCCUAAAUCCCUCCAUCCCUUCAAUGUUUUCAUUUCGCGCCAGUUAACAGAGACUCCCAACAGCCGUACGCCUCAAUCACUCACGAAGGUACCACGUGCUGAAACUCCUCUUUGGUGGGUUAUCUGUAUAAUUAUCUCCACUGGUUUCUAGGGUUUGCUGUGUUUGUAAAAUGGGGAGGUUUGUUGGUUCCUGUACGAGCAGCUAUUACUUAUUCUUUGUUGUAACUUGUUAAUGCAUGAAUUUGGCUUUGGUGGUGCUGCUGAAUCUUUGGGUUAGGGAAAAAUUUAUUCUUUUAUUGAGUUUGGUGAAUAAUGGGAAAAUAAAGGCUUACUACAUUGGUUGAAAUUAGUCGGUAGUUUAAACAGUGGGUGUGGAAUAGUGGGUUGGGAAAAUGACUAAUUUAUUGAGUUUGGUGUGAUGGGCAUGGAACAAGAGUUACUUGUGGGAAUAAAGGGUCUCAUCUGUGGAAAGUUGUUAACUUGAAGGUGGGUUUGUAUUGUUUUAGUGUAAAAUGGGCAGUGUUUGUUGUAAGCCCUCUGCUAUUGAAGAUAGCAGGGAGAGUCCAAGGGAUAGGAUAUCGAGUAAGGCUUCGUCGGACUUGCGGGCCCCAAGGGCGGCUUCGUCGAGGAGAGAAGAAGGGUAUAGAGUGAAGGAUCGAUUGGAUAGUAGUGAUGGGAGGGCAAUGCUAAUUGAUAAGCAGGUAAAUGGUUCGAUUCGGUUGCACGGUGAAAAUUUUGAGAGGAAGAGGGAGAAGGGUGCGUACGCGGUUGCAACGCACUAUCCUGGGUUGGGAAACAUUCCCAAAGCUUCGGAAGGGGAGCAGGUCGCAGCGGGGUGGCCUCCGUGGUUGUCGGCUGUGGCAGGUGAAGCUAUCAGGGGUUGGGUGCCUCGGCGGGCAGAUUCUUUUGAGAAGCUGGACAAAAUUGGCCAGGGUACUUACAGUAAUGUAUAUCGGGCCCGUGAUCUUGAUCAGGGGAAGAUUGUUGCUUUAAAGAAAGUUAGGUUUGAUAACCUGGAGCCUGAGAGUGUCCGUUUCAUGGCGAGGGAAAUUCACAUUUUGCGUAGACUUGAUCAUCCUAAUGUAAUAAAAUUGGAAGGUCUAGUUACAUCAAGGAUGUCUUGCAGCCUGUAUCUUGUUUUUGAGUACAUGGAGCAUGAUCUGGCAGGCCUUGCUUCACACCCUGGUCUUAAGUUUACUGAAUCACAGGUUAAAUGUUACGUGCAGCAACUUUUACGCGGUCUUGAUCAUUGUCAUAGUCGUGGUGUUCUCCAUCGUGACAUAAAAGGUUCCAACCUUUUAAUUGACAAUAAUGGCAUUUUGAAGAUUGCAGACUUUGGCCUAGCAAGUUUUUAUGAUCCUCAUCUAAAUCAGACAUUGACAAGCCGUGUUGUGACUCUCUGGUACCGUCCACCCGAGCUUUUACUUGGUGCUACUUUUUAUGGGACUGCUGUGGAUUUGUGGAGUACUGGUUGCAUCCUUGCGGAAUUGUAUGCCGGCAAGCCUAUUAUGCCAGGAAGAACAGAGGUUGAGCAGUUGCAUAAAAUUUUCAAGCUUUGUGGUUCACCCUCUGAGGAAUACUGGAGAAAGUCAAAGUUGCCUCAUGCUACCAUUUUCAAGCCUCAACAGCCUUACAGACGCUGUGUUGCAGAAACAUUCAAGGACUUCCCUGCCCCAGCAUUAGGGCUAAUGGAGACCCUACUUUCCAUAGAUCCUGCUGAUCGUGGAUCUGCUGCUUCUGCUCUAAGAAGUGAGUUCUUUACGACAAAACCACUUCCUUGUGAUCCUUCAAGCUUGCCAAAGUAUCCUCCCAGCAAGGAAUUUGAUGCAAAAGUACGCGAUGAAGAAGCUAGAAGACAAGCGGCAGCAGGCGACAAGGGUCACAGAUAUGACCCAGAAAGGAAGGGAGCACGAGAGUCUCGAGCUUUUCCGGCUCCCGAUGCCAAUGCCGAAUUAGCCUCGUCAAUGCAGAAACGACACAGUCAAUCAAAUUCCAAGAGCCGGAGUGAGAAAUUCAAUCCUAAUCCGGAAGAAGUUGCUUCUGGUUUUCCCAUUGACCCGCCUAGGCCAUCUCAAGUUGUUGAAGAACCAAGCAUUGAUCCCCAUGAUCAACUUCACAAGAGAGCGUCCUCCCAUUCUGGCCCACUGGUCCACCGGGCCGCAUGGGCAAAGACUGGGAAAAACUUGGAUGAGGCUCCAAAGAUAUCAACUGGGGCCAACUUAUCCACAAUGCCUGGGUUAGUAGCAGGAAGGAGGAGUUUAUUGUCUGAAGACCGCAGAGAGAAAUCUGGUCCUUCUCAACAUGAAGUUCCAAGAUUGAUAAGCAGAUUUCCAGGGUCAUUCAAAGAGGCUUCUGAAUCCAUGAUGAGGCAGGAUCAAAAGAUUCACACGCAGAGUGUAGCCAUUCCUCGUCAGAAUGAAGAUGGAAGGAGCAGUAGUAAAGAUCCAGUUCUUCUUGGUUAUGGAGCAAAGGGCAACAAAAUUCACUACUCUGGACCACUUGUGCCAUCAGGAAAGAUGGAUCAGAUGCUGAAGGACCACGACCGCCAUGUCCAGGAGGCAGUAAGACGAGCACGCCUCGACAAGGCUAAAUUGAGGAAACUUCAGGUUGAAGAGAACCAAUUACCAACCAAUUCAGUAUUUGUUUCCGGUCGGUGAACCGGGAUUUAAGUAGAUCCCAGUCAAGAUAAAAGCAAGAGAGAAUCACUAGGAAAAAUGCUAUGGUGAUUCUCUUGGGAAACGAGUACGUUUUUUCCUUUCUUUUUUGUAUAGAUGGUGUUCCACGAAGGACAAUAGCUGGUGGGCAAGCUUAUGCUAAUCUUAUUGUGUUGUUUAGGAAAGCUCUGAAUGAUGAAGUAUCGUUACCUUGUACUAUUAUCAGUUGUCUGCAAUUCAUGUAGAGCUUAUUAGUUAGCCAUAAGCUGUAGCCUGUAGAGUUAUCGCAGAAGAAAGAAUCUUUUUUUUAUGUGAACAAUCAAAUAUUUGAUGUCAACCAAUUGAGAUUUCAGAGGUACGUCAUGGAGUAACUAUUUGCUUGCGAAA